GCCUACAUUUUGAUUGACAUAAGUGCCUCCAUGGAAACGCAAAUCGGAAGACUGCGGAAAACAUUUAUCGAUAUUCUGGACGAAUUCUUCCAUCGGGGGUUACAUGCCAACUUGAUCAACUUCGGUUCAACGAUGCAACCAUGGCACGAACAGAUUGAGUUGAUAACCGAAGAUAACCAUGUGUCUGCUUGCCGUUGGAUCGACCAUCUGAAAUGCCAGGGUUCCACCAACGUUCUGCAAGCGCUCGAAUACGCGCUGGCCGACCCGGCCACCCGAUGUAUCUACCUCUUCAGUGACGGUCGUCCAGACCAACCGCCAGAGUUGGUGUUUGCACGUGUGCGCGGACGCCGUAGUGUCCGCGUACACACCAUUUGCCUGAACUCCACUGAUGCCGAAGCAAAUGCAUUUUUGGAGAAGCUGGCAAGGCUUACGGGUGGAGAGUUCUGCUCACAGAUGGCGGGUCGUCCGAAAUCUUCACCACUACCGGCGCUCUUCUUCCUUCACUCUCCCUUCCACCUCCUGUCACUUCUUGUGCUACAUGUUUUUCUUAUUACUCCCUUCUUCUUCUUCUUCUUCUUCUUCUUCUUCUUCUUCCUAUCCUCUUCCCCCUUCCCAUUCCUGUUCACCUUAUUUUUCACAUCGAAAAUCUGUCCUUUGUCCGGCAGCUAUGUUAGGCAAACAUUUAUCUGUACCAGUUAG